AGGGUCAGCUGAUGUAACUGCCCUUCCUGUACCCACCUGAUUCUCAGUCUGGGAACUUCAGACCCCAUGCUGAGCUGCCUACAAAUUCUCUGAGGCAACAAACUAUAACUGAAAAAAGUGACUUCUUAGUUGUGGCUUCUGAUUAUCACAGCAUCACUCACUGAGCUUAAAAAAUACUUCUAUAUCAAAAAAGAUUUCAUGGAAGAUUUCAAUAAGCAUAGAUUAGUAAAUGUUUACCUUUUUAUAAUUUUACUGUGUCAAUGUGGCAAGUAACAUUUUGCUUUUUGAUAGGUUUCCUAAAAGAUAGAAAAAUGGAGGACUCACUAAACCAAAUGCAACCCCUGAAUGAGAAGCAGGUAGUGAAUUCUGAAGAUGGAUAUGUAUGGCAAGUCACGGAUAUGAAUCGCCUACACCGGUUCUUGUGUUUUGGUUCUGAGGGUGGGACUUACUAUAUCAAAGAGCAGAAGUUGGGCCUUGAAAAUGCCGAAGCUUUGAUUAGAUUGAUUGAAGAUGGCAGAGGAUGUGAGGUGAUACAGGAAAUCAAAGCAUUUAGUCAAGAAGGCAGAACCGCCAGGCAGGAGCCUAUACUCUUUGCGUUGGCCAUUUGUUCCCAGUGCUCCGACAUAAGCACAAAGCAAGCGGCAUUUAAAGCUGUGGCUGAAGUUUGUCGCAUUCCUACACAUCUCUUCACUUUUAUACAGUUUAAGAAAGAUCUGAAGGAAAGCAUGAAAUGUGGCAUAUGGGGCCGCGCCCUCCGGAAGGCUAUAGCAGACUGGUACAAUGGAAAGGGCGGCAUGGCCCUUGCUCUGGCAGUUACAAAGUACAAACAAAGGAAUGGCUGGUCUCACAAAGAUCUGUUAAGAUUGUCACAUCUCAAACCCUCCAGCGAAGGACUCACUAUUGUCACCAAAUAUAUUACAAAGGGCUGGAAAGAGGUCCAGGAAUUGUAUAAGGAAAAAGCACUUUCUGCGGAGACGGAAAAGUUGUUAAAGUACCUGGAGGCUGUGGAAAAGGUGAAGCGCACAAAGGAUGAGCUGGAAGUGACUCACCUGAUAGAAGAGCACAGGUUGGUUAGGGAACAGCUUCUGACAAAUCACUUAAAGUCUAGAGAGGUGUGGAAGGCUUUGCUACGGGAAAUGCCUCUGGCCGCAUUGCUAAGGAACCUGGGGAAGAUGACAGCCAACUCAGUGCUUGAACCAGGAAAUUCAGAAGUGUCUUUGGUGUGUGAAAAACUACGGAAUGACAAACUGUUAAAAAAGGCUCGCAUACACCCGUUCCAUGUUUUGAUCGCGUUAGAGACUUAUAGAGCAGGUCACGGGCUCCGAGGAAAGCUGAAGUGGUGUCCUGAUGAGGAAAUUUUGAAAGCUUUGGAUGCCGCUUUUUACAAAACAUUUAAGACAGUUGAGCCAACUCGAAAGCGUUUUGUGCUGGCUGUGGAUGUCAGUGCUUCUAUGGACCAACGAGUUUUGGGCAGUGUCCUCAAUGCCAGCACAGUCGCCGCAGCGAUGUGCAUGGUUGUCGCACGAACAGAAAAAGAUUCUCACAUAGUUGCGUUUUCUGAUGAAAUGGUACGAUGUCCAGUAACUAGAGAUAUGACUUUACAACAGGUUUUAAUGGCUAUGAAUCAGAUCCCAGCAGGUGGAACUGAUUGCUCUCUUCCGAUGAUCUGGGCUCAGAAGACAAACACCGCUGCUGAUGUCUUCAUUGUGUUCACAGACAACGAGACCUUUGCUGGGGGUGUCCACCCUGCCAUUGCUCUGAGGCAGUAUCGAAAGAAAAUGAGCGUCCCAGCUAAAUUGAUUGUCUGUGGAAUGACAUCGAGUGGCUUCACCAUUGCAGACCCAGAUGACAGAGGCAUGUUGGAUGUGUGUGGCUUUGACACUGGAGCUCUGGAUGUAAUUCGAAAUUUCACAUUGGAUGUGAUCUAACCAAUCAUAAGCACCAGCACAACUCAGGCAAUCCAUUGCCAUUAGUGAUCUCACUGAAAACAGUAGCUACUUCCCAGCUAAUCUUAAUCCAGUGAACGAAUGGUGAUAAAAUGAUGGCAUAGUGUGUGUAUAAUGGAAAGUUUACCUUACCAAAAAAAAAAAAAAAAAAAGGAAGGGAAAAUAAGCCCAAAGUUCUUUGUCCACUAAACUAGCUCCUGGGAAGCAGCUUCGGAAUACACUGUAGCUCCCUCUGAUAGAGAACCUCCUAUCCAUAGACUGUAAAGUAGUUACAGGUUUGCUUUGCUAAAUAAUCACAUUGUUAUUUAAAAGAAGAGCCAAAUUUAUAAGUAGUUCCAUAUCAUGUCACUUGUUGGAGAAGUGCUUCAAGUUUUCUUAAAUGUUUUUAUUGGGAAAGGACAGCGUUGAUAAUGUCCAUCUAUUCUGAAAUGCACUGGACCACGUAACUGUGAUGGCCUAUAAAACUCAGCUGUCAACGUUUAUAGCUAGGUGGCAAAGCGAAAACCAAGGCAGUUGAUUAAAUUGUGAGUUUUACAAAUCUCGUGAAGAGUUUUCUAAGAUCACAUAAAUAGCAGCUUUCUUACUCAGUAAAAAAGAUGUUUUGUCUCUUAUGUUUUAUUUACACUUGUGGAAUUAUUGCCAUUAACCGGAAACAGCAUAGAAAGGAAACCCCUGGGAGGGGACUAUAAAGUUUUGUCACCUGAGAAAGUCUGUUUCGGUGAAUUUUAUUGCUGGGAGUUGAGGGCCUGACAGUUUCCUCUUUCUUUUUUCCAUGCCCUUAAAUGAAAACAACCUAAAGUGUCUCAAGCAUCUGCCUCCCCCACUAGAAUCUGAAAGUAUGACAGAAUCUCAACUACAAUCUGACUAGCGUAAAGUCAGUAUUCUAAUUACUUUUAACUGUUUUAGCCAACUGUACAUGGGUCCUAGGUGUUUCCAGUUGUAAACACGUCAGUGGCCUAUUUCUUUGUUUCAUUGCGACAAAACGUUCUUUUUUGAUAGAGUGAAAGUAAAAUACGGUAAAGCAGGCUGGCUAGGUCUUUCAGGUCUGAAAGGCAACUUCUGAGUAGCAUGUACCACUAACUAGUCUGUAAGAGUAUUUUUUUCUAUUUUGUUUGUGUAUAUUAAACUUCCUUUCAUUACGCUAAAGUGCAUUAUUUUUUUGAGCAAAUAAUACCCCUUUGUGGAGAGGUUUAACCUGUUUCAAUGUCAGUAAUGUCUCUUACGUCAUGGUUACCGACACCUUCAACAUAAAACUUCAGCUUUUAUGCAUUCUCUAAAUAGUAAUGGAGGCUUUAUGGGGGUUUUUAUAAAUCUCAUCGCUUAUGUAAAAAGGCAGACUAGAAACUGUAAAUUGUAGCCUUUCUCAUGCUUGGGGUUUAGAGGUUUUCCGUUUCGGGGGUUAGGGUGGCUUCAGUGGCGGAAGAGUUUAUGUAAAUAAUGUCUUCUGUUUCAUGGGAAAUUUGGGCUCUGGGAGUGACAAGAAAAUGUUCCUUUUACACUUAUUUGACAUAGUAAUAAUAGCGCUGGGAUGUAGACUUUGACGCAACUCAUAGCAGUGUAGAUAUGUUGUGAUUUAUCUUAGAUUUUUUAGUCAGCAAAACUAGUAGCACCCCCCCACACCCAAAAAGUAACAUUGCUUCUAAUGUCAUUUUGUCUUUAAUCCCCUGGCAGACUUUGGACUUAACAUCUUCACUUUUACGUUCUGAUUAAAUUUGAAGUUUAAAGAACCUAACAAUUAUGUUAUAGUUCUGGAAUUCUUUAAGUAAAGUCGAGAUCUUCUCAACUUAAAAGUCAUAAUAUGAUGUAACUUUACUCCUAAUUGAAAUGAAAUACAGUAUAAAAGUGUGUUUUCUUCAGUUAUGUACUAUCCUACAGUGUUUUCAGAUAGGUAUAUUCAUGAGUCGACAUUAAACCCGUCAGAGAAGUAGGAUCAGAUGUGACCUCUUUGAAGUAUGUAGGUAAGCUGAAUUAAAUGGAUUAGGGUGCCAUUUAACAUAGAAGGGGGGGGCAUACUAAAAGGAGCCACCACAGACCAUAACUUUAUUUUCAAAUCCUGGAAUUUUAGAGCUGGAAAAAACCGGAGAAAUAUAAAAAGGUGAUUUUUUGAUUUUUUUUUUUUUAAGUUUAGGUUAGGGAGCCAGGGUCUGAGAAAGGGUGGCUUUGGAGCAUUAGAUCUAGAAAUUUCCUUUUCAUAUCCCCACGAAAUGGGAAAACACUGACUCACAAGAGUAGGGUUGAAAAUGGAAUUAUUCAAGACUUUUAACUUUUAGGUAUUAGAAAAUAAUGUAUAUACAUGGUUGCCAUAGGAGUAGAAAAACAAGUUGUGAGCGUAUAGUUUUGUAGUUCAUAGUAAUCCUCAUGCACAAUGUUUAAGUAACCCACGUUGCUAUAUAAUAUGGUUCUGAAACUUACCUCACUGAAUAAAAUGUACUUGAGUGAUAAAGAAAUUUUAUUCUCUAAGCUACUUUUGGGUUACUUCUACAUGAGUAUUUAGGGAAAUGUCACUUUUAAAAACUAAGAAAAAUUAAUAAACUUUAUUCCUAGAAAAUAUGUAAAUAUUUUCAGGACGUAAUAGUGAUUAGUAAAACAAAAACUUAUGAAAUCCUACCCUUGUUAGGUGACAUUUCUUGGAAAUUCCAUUAAUUAACAUUCAUAUUUUAUUUAGUAACUUUUAUAGGUAUAUUGUUGAGGCAGAUGCUAGCGAGUGGAAUUCAGUGUCACCCCUCUGGAAACUCCAUUUAUCUAACUGACUCUAGAGCCCAGUUUAACCUAUGUCAUUCAGUUUUGCUAUUUUUACAAAGUAACAUCUGAUGCUUAGAUCUUAGGAAAAUCAAUAAUGUCUGUAUAAAAGUUUAGGAGGGCAUACAAUACAAAUUAGAACUUAAUAGGAUAUGUAUUUUGAAAGAUACAAUAUUCUAGGGAAAUAGCUUAAUGGGCUCGAUACUUUUUAAAAAUGCUCCUGAGUGGGGGGAAAUGUAGAAGAAAAAUUUUCACAGUGAGGGUGAGUAUUGACUAAGAAGUCACUAUUCUCUGGUCAAGAGAAAGAAGAAAUACAUUCCAAGUCCGAAAACUAAUUGAGUUAAUUAAGCAUACUGUUUGAAUAAAAUUGUAAUAAAUGGCACAUUUCCCUAAACCCUGAAAAUACCAAAUUAUAUUGGAAAUUGGUAGAAAGAAGCAUAAACUAGAGUAGUUACAUUACAAAACUGUUACUAAAAUUGUGAUAAUUUUCAGUGAGAAUGAAUUUUGUAAAUACAAUGAAAACACGAAAGCUGUUUCUGAACUUAAAGCGAUUUUCCCUCUGCUUCUCUUCAGCACCACCGUGCAUCAUAUUAACAUUACGAGUACAUGGUAAUAUUUAACUUAAAAAUACAUUUCAGUACUUCUAGUUCUUUUAGAAGUUCUCAGAAUCGGCUUGCACACAAAAAAUAAGCCAGUUAUGCUGCUGCUGGUUUCAUUUAAUGAACACUUGGGUUACUAAGGGUAGUGACAGGCUAAAGGCUUGGUAUUUUAUAUACCAUCGCCACACAACUGGUGGAUAUUGUAUCAGUACAAACACUGAAUGGGAACUUCUGUUUAAAUUACUUGUUAGGCUUCAUUUGCAAUGUAAACUGUUUAGAAUCCAUACCAGCCAAGUUAAAUUUUUAAAUGUUAUACAUUUGAUAAAUAGCCAAGAAAAAAUGUUUUCCACUAUUCUAAAUACAGACUAUUUGGUACAGUGUGACCAGACAACUUCUAAAGUGCAUUUGAGUUUUAUUUCCAUCCUUGCCAGCUUCUUAUGAGGAAAACAUCGUCCAAAGGGAUGAGAUACAUGAAAGCAUUUUUUAAUUGGUUGGAGGAGAGGCAUUGCCUCGUUCUAAAUGUGCUUUAGCUUUAUAGAAAGGCUUUGAUUUCCAUGAUUGACCACUGGAGGAAUAUUUAAAUUACACAGACUAAUGCCUGCAUAGAAUAAAAUUCGAGUAGGCAAGAGCCUUAAAGUGAAAAACACAAUCCAUUUGGCUGCCUUACAACAUGACGGACUAGCUCUCCAGCACAGCAUAGGAGUUCUUCCCAGAGUCUGCUCAUUAAGUGAUGCCUUAAUCGUGUGAGUGCUUCUGAAGUACAGAACUCCAAGUGUCUGAUGGAGCUUUCACUCCUAUUUAACGAAUGGGAAUUUAUUAAGUUUUAAAACCUGACUCUAGUAGUUGAAGUACCAUUAACAGGAUAAUCUGGGACACUGCAGUGUAACAUAAAAUGUGACCUAACAUCAAUACUAUUUUGUGGUAGUUUGAGGGUUUUUUAUUGUUUUGUAUAACAAAUUAUCCAAGAAGCUGGACUUUAUGUAACAUCUCUACGGACCAAGUUGCAUAUUUAAACACAAUGAAAAAUACAAUUUUACUGUUCUAAAAAUGGUUCAUUUUUUAAGGGAGUUUUUCAAGACAAAAAUACUUUGUUUCAAGCCUAUAAGCAAAUUUCAUUCAAAGGAGUGAAUGUAGUCAUAAAACAUUGCGACUGUUGAAAUAAAAAGCAUCCAGGCUAGUGAUUUAUUUCAUUACAGGCACAACUUUACAUUCACUUUGCCUUUCAAAGCAGGAGUCUUAUAAAACUGAAAGGAAACUUCAAAUUGUCAAGCUGGUGCUUAAAAGUAUGUAAUUUUGAUUCAUAACAAGUGUCAUUUUAAAGGGCAGGACCCUGAAGGGCCCAGGGUGGGGGUGGUCCUAGGUCUGUUGAGAAACUCACUGAUGCUUUGUUGAGUCGUCCGACUCUCCAGUGUAAAUAAAAUACCUAACAAUGUAAUUUAGCUGUUUUCCUACAGGAAAUGGAAGAAAUACUAAUGUUAUUUCAUGGUAAAACAGGUUUCACCCAUAAUGUGAAAUCUUGACUUUCUGUCCUUGCAAAAUACCAUACUGGAAAAAUUAUUUUAGACAUGGAAUGCAGGUGGGCACUCUUCGAGCUGUUGCUGGUCAAUUGUAUUAUUGUAGAAGUUGACAGAACUACCAAAUAAAGUCUGUGCACUUCAAA